AUCCUCCACAGGUGUGCAGGGGGAGGGAACCAGGAGGAGGGUACAGGAAGAAGGGAGGGGGCGUCUACUUUACUUGCUCCCACCUUUCUCACAGCAUCUGUUUGCUCGCUUUCUUUCUGCGAGGCGCUGCUUGGACUUGUUUGGGAUUUGUUGACGCUUCUCUCACAGUUGGCGCGGCGCAGGAAAAAAGAGUGCUGUUUUUUUCACCUGUGUCUUGUUCGUUGCAGCUUUUAUUUCCUUGUAUUCAAGGUCUUUACAUGAAGGAACUUUUGUGAAGAAUCUACUCGUGGCCAGUGAAACAACGCCAAGAUUGUUCACAAACUUGGAUGAGACGCUUAACUAUGGAUCCAGACCAGCCGUUCAGACUCGCACUUCCUGGAAUGCUCCGAUUAUGUGGGAACUGAUGUUUGAUGCUAAUUUUUACGAUCAAAAGCACCAUGAGUUGAACACGAGCGUGGCCGUCACAGUGUUCGCUGUUGGAAGGUACCUGGAGGCAUACCUCAACACUUUCCUAAUCUCCGCAGAAAAGCAUUUUAUGUUGGGAUUUCCGGUGACCUAUUAUGUGUUCACGGAUUUGCCAGGAAAUGUAACAAAAAUCACCCUAGCGCCGCAGCGAAAGCUAAAAAUCAUCCAGGUGGAGAGGUACAGCCGAUGGCAGGACAUCUCCAUGAUGCGAAUGAAGCUGAUUUCAGAGGUGAUCGAAAAGGAGCUGCGGUACAGCUUCAGCCACGUCUUCUGUUUUGACGUGGAUCAGGAAUUUAAGGGGCGGUUUGGCUCCGAGGCUCUCGGAGACUCCGUGGCCAUGCUCCAUGCCCACUUUUACAAACUUCCAAAGAACAGGUUCACCUACGACCGAAACCCCAAAUCCAAAGCUUACAUGAGUGAAGGUGAUUACUACUACCAUGCAGCCAUCUUUGGAGGCAAGUGUCAAAAUGUGAAGACAUUGGCUGAUUUCUGCUAUUUGAACAUCAUGGAGGAUAAAAUGAACAAUGUGGAAGCUUUAUGGCACGAUGAAAGUCACCUAAAUAAAUACUUUUGGCUUCAUAAACCUACAAAGUUGCUCUCCCCUGAGUACUGCUGGGACAUGUUGAUUGGUGAUACAAGUGACAUACUCAUCAAGCGUGUUCUAUGGGCACCGAAACAAUAUGAGAAACUUCGUAUCUGACAGAUUUGAAAAAACAAAUGAAUAAAAACAWAAGCGAGAAGUGUGAGAUUGUUUACGACUUUUACGGGUGAUUGAAGGUGACACGUAGGGUUGUGUCAAUCAUUUGUGUUUGCACUGUAUGAACAUAUCAGAYGAAUUAUCAGUGGUUUUGUACAUGAAGGCUCUGAAUUAAAGGGAAUUUUCUGAAUAGCCGCUUCAUGUCAUAAUAAUGAAAUUAUGAAACUUAAACCUUUUCAAGUUGGACAAAAACUUCUGAAAACCGAGUUAGAUGUCGGCAAAAAAAAACAGUAUUGGCUUCAUUUGAAUGACUUUGUUGCAGGAUCUAUUUUAAGAUUGUAUUGUUAGUUUUUAAGGCUCUUAAUCAAGCUCUAUCUUUUCUGAUAUUUUGUCUCACAACGCUCUAUUUUGAGCACUGAGUUCAAUCAAUCAGAUGUUUUUCAACGUUCCCAAAUUUAAACUUAAUGGAGUUUGUGCUUUUGCCAUUUCUGUUCAUGUUUUUUUGAAAAAAUGUACAUCUAUUUAUAAGACCUGCUCAAACUUUAGCUAAAUAAUGUUAAGGUCCCACUUUUGCAUUCUCCUCCAACAGAGCUCAACAACUUUAUUUGUAAAUGUGUUUUAUUUUUUUGAAUAGUUCUCUAAUUUGGUUACUACUUUGCAUAUUUUGAGAUUUUUAUUAUUACAUCUGUAUUAUUAUUAUUGGUGUGCACUGUGGUACAGCUUUUAAAGGGAAGUAAAUACAUUAUUUAAAAAGUAAUACGCAUCCAUUCUAGUUU